AUGCGAAUCAAUGAUCGAUACUGCUAUGGGUGGGCCGUGGAAGGCCUGGUGCAGUACGAGGAUACAGUCGAGGUUCAGAUCCAUGACCGAGUAUCGAAUAUUCGCAAGCCAAUUCGCUCCCCAUAUGUUGCCGGAUGCGAUGGAGCAUGGAGUGCGGUGCGGAAAAGUUUGGGCGCGGAGCUCGAAGGCGGGCCUAUGCAUCGAGCCGUGGCCCUGACCCAUUUCAAGUCAAAGGAUCUCGAGCGAAUCCAUCGCCAGGGCCGAUUUUGGCAUAGUCUUUUUCCCAUGGACCCUACAACCAAUAACGGCUCUAUUAGCGGCGCCAUCAUCGCGCAAGACGGAAAAGAGACCUGGACAGUCCACGAUUAUCUAGGCUCUGACUACAAUGCAGACGAUGUGACAGCCGAGAAGACAGUCGCCCAGGUCCUUGGUAAUAUGGGCUCACCCUACCCGAUUUCUCUUGAUGAGAUCACUGCAACCUCCAUCUUCACGCCGACAGUAGCUAACGCCAAAACAUGGACCAGCAAUCAUCAGCGCGUCUUCCUUGCCGGAGAUUCUUGUCAUCAGACAAUUCUCUCGGGCGGCUACGGAAUGAAUAUGGGCCUUGCUGAUGCUUGGGAUUUUGGCUGGAAGCUCGCAGCCACUGUUCAAGGCUGGGGUGGCACUCACUUGCUGAGGACAUACGAACAGGAACGUCGUCCUGUGGCUGCGCUGAUGCAACACUGGAGCAAAAUCCACAUGAUGAAACUCAUGGGGCUUUCAACAGCUGUGAGAUUGGAUCCGGUCGUCAUCGAAUCCAUGGAUGAGCACGGCAUAGCCCUGCGUGAGGAGAUCGAUCAGUACGUUCAGGAAAACGAUGACCAGAACCAGAGCUUCGGCGUUGUAAUGGGUUACCGCUACGAGUCGAGUCUGGCAGUACUGAACGAGAAGGUGGAUGUUGAAAGGGCAGCACCACAGUUCGACUCACGCAGCUACAUCCCAACUACGUUCCCUGGUUCGCGCGUACCGCACGUGGCUUUGUCGGACGGCAGCGCGAUUUCCGGUGGAUUUGGGAAAGGCUUCACCAUGGUCGCAUUUCUGCAGAAGGAAGCAGUAGCAGCCGGAGACCAAUUUCAGAUGGCCAUCGCACUGGCCAGUUUUGCUGAAGCAGCAAGCAAGCACAGUAUUCCUUUAAAGAGCGUUUGUUUGAUGAAUGAGACUCAUGCGUUCCGAAUUUGGGAUGCUUGUUUUGUCCUCGUGCGGCCUGAUGGAGUUUCAGCGUGGCGCUCAGACAGUCUGGACAAGGUGCACAAUGCAUCACAAGUGUUGCUUCAAGCAACAGGUCAUUCCUUACCUUUGUAA